UGAAAGAGAGAGGGUAGUUAGUGACGAAUAUGAAGAGGAACCUAAUGAAAACAGUGAAGAAUUUGGUAAGAGAUAUCCAGUUAAAGACAUGUCAGACGAAGAAAGAAAACUACCCUUAUCAAAAAUGCAAAAUAAAGGUGGUGUAACCGCGGAAACAAAGCGGCUGGGAGCUCGGGAUGGCGAGUUGGGCGAGUCGGGGUUGUGUAACUCUCGCUAAUUGGCCCGGAGGGUGGGAUGCUGCAGGGCUGCUGAGGGCGGCUGGCAGGGUUAUAAAGUGUGGCGUGCCACCAGUGAAGCGCACUCAAGCGGUGUGCGUGUACGCAUGGUAACAUCUGAGGAUGGAACUCAGACUGGCCGUGUACACCAUUCUCGCGUGUCUGGUCACAGAGGUCACGCUCACCAGUAUCUCUGUCUGCAUCAACAACUGCGGUCAGUGUAAGGAGAUGUUGGGAAGCUACUUCAACGGCCAGGCCUGCGCCGAGUUCUGCCUGGCCACGGACGGCUUCUUCUCUCCUGACUGCAACAAUCCCACCACCGUCAGGAACUUCCUCAAGAGACUCCACUAGCAUACCCCACUCGUCUACGCCGCAUCCUCUGAGUACUCAGCGGCUACAGAGGAGCGGCUAGAAUAUUGCAGUGUACUGUUUAACACUAGUAACAUAUCUGUAUCUUGUCGACUUUGGCAAUCCAACCUCGAAUAAGAAUAAGGAAAAUAUUUUAUUACAAUUCCUAGAUUACAAUAAACCUAUGUAAUUCA